AGACGAUGAACUUGGAUUCAAAUUAGUGCACUUGAAUCGAAUAGGCCACAAGUCUGAUAGGUUUGUAAUGGCGUCUCAAGUCACUCAGGUGUUUUACAUGAGUGACCCAUUAGAUGCACGCUGGUCAGUUGUCAUGACAACGCAAGCAAAAGACUAUGCUAACCAAGAGCAUAAUGGCGAUGAUCUUAUGAUAAGUGAGCAAAUUCAUCAAAUCACUCCACCACCUAUUGAUGUCACCGUUGGGGACGAUGUCGUAUCAUCUUGUGAUGAUGGGGAGGGGUUAUGGGUGAAUGAAACUAUCAAGCCAUGAGUUUUUCAACAUGUGUUGGACUAUUUAUUAUGGAACCAGCACCAAAUGACGAUGAUGAGUGGGCUCAAUAUGAAGAAUCAUUCAUGCCUGAAGAACAUAAUAAUGAAGUUGAAGAACCUAAUAUUGAAGUUGAAGAACCUAAUAUUGAAGUUGAAGAACCUAAUAUUGAAGUUGAAGAACCCCCACCAAAGCAGAAAAAUACUAGGGGUAGAACCAAAAGACUAGAUAUAACGAGGCUGGCAAGCGAGGGCAAAAAAUUAGAAAUUGAGUACAACAACCUCGGACAAUAAUGGGGAAAAGCAGCAACUGAUUUAGUUUCCCGGAUUGGGGUGUGGGUUCGAAUUAACAUACCACUUGUGAAUAAAAAGUGGCCACAAAUUGAUAAGGAGCUGAAGAACAGAUUAUGGAAUGAUGUUAAGGUAAUACUAAUACUACUAUUCUUGUUUUUUUUACUAUUGAUUAUGAUUUGUAUCUAUAACUAUAAUUUCCAAAUUUUGCGGGGUAAGUUCGAGCUGGAAGAGGAGGCAAAGAGACGAACAAUUCAAAAAGCUGGGGAGAGAUGGCGGGAUUGGAAAAACACCUUAACAAAAGGUACUUACAAGGUUAAAGAUGUGGCUCCACAACUUCUUGAGAAGCCACCGAGAUUGUACGAAGACAUAAUUGAUGAGACCGAGUGGACAGAGUUUGUGGCUUCAAGAUUAACUAAAGAAUGGGGGGUGACGAGAAAGAAGGCCCAAGCUAGCAAGGCAAAAAAUAUUUACCCCCACCGCUCUGGACGAGGUGGUGCGAGGAUGGUGGAGUUACAGAUGGAGAAAGAGUUAGGCCACCAAUUGGUCAAAAUUGAUAGAGCCGAUUUAUGGAAGAGACUUCGCACAAACAGUAAAGGCGAGUUGGAAGGCCCAGCUGUGGAAGUUGCCCAACGCAUUGUAAGUUUAAAGUCUAAUUGCAUUUAUAUUUUUAUGUUUCAUAAUUUAAUUCUAACUCUAUUUAUUUAUUAUGUUUGUAGGAUGACUUGCGAAAGCCACUCGAAGAGGGAACAAUAAGUGUGGAAGGGAAAAAUGACAUCUUGACCAUGGCCCUUGGGACAGAUGAACAUGGUGGUCGAGUCCGGGGCUUGCGUUAUGGUGUCACUCAAACCCAAUUUUUCCACACUCCACGCCCUACAAAGAGGAAGAAUAAAGAUGAGGAUAAUGAAGCAUUGUCAGAUAUGGAUAAGCGACUCCGUGAGACAGAGGAGAGUAAUAGACAACUUAAAGAACAAAUGGCUGAACUCCUGCGUAUAGUUCGUUCCCAGCAUAGUGGUGUUGCGGGUACAUCACAUGCGUCUGGUUCAGGUGUUGGAGGAGAAUCAAACAAACUAGCCCGUGAUGAUGACAUUGUUUCUGCUCCUGAAGCACAACCACAAAGUCCUGUCCAUGUCUCUGCUCCACGACAACCGAGUACACUGCAUGCUGAGAAGGUAACCGCUCCACCAGCUCCACCGCCACAUACCGAUGGCAUUUCAGAAAAGAAAUAUCCAUGUUGGCUGCAUGUUCGGUUGGAGCCUAGUGGAUUGUCAUUGAAAGUUGCUAAGGGAUUCAUGGUGAAGGAGCAAUAUUUGAAGAAUGGCAAGUUCUCAGUCCAGGGUUCUGAUUUCCUCUACAAGGAUUAUCGUCGGGUUUUCAUCGAUGAAGUCUAUGUAGAAAAUGCCCGUCUUCCAUGUCCCGUCGUUCAAAAUGGAUACACCACUGUAGGUCAUGCUGUAGGACUUUAUGUAGCAUGGCUAAAGGACUACAUUACGCCAGUUGGAGUAGAGUUGACGCAACGCCCCAAUAACCAAAUGCAGAAAAAGCAACCUGUGAGUGGAAAAGGACAAGUAUCUGAAGAAUUACUUGGUCCUCGAACACAGCCUCAAAAAAUACCAGAGAGGCCAAGUAAAAAGGGUCGCUACGUUGCACCAAAAAGGACUUCAAUAAUCAACAACUUUUUUAAGUUACUCAACAUGUGGCCAAAAACAACAACGAUCCACUUUGAGGCCAGCAAGGAUUUAUUUGGGGUUGAAAACGACUCGAUAUGGCUUCCAACAAUUGACAUCAAGGAAUUGUGCCAAAUGGGAUUUUUAGCAGCCCAACCUAUUGCAAUCUGGUGCAAGUAUGAUAUCCAAUUCUUAUUAAACUUGAAAAUUUGUUUUUAGAGCUUGUUAUUAAUUGUGUGUUUUUAACAGGUUUUUGAAGGAACGGUUGCUAGAUGUUAAUGGAUUAAGCAGACUAUAUGCAUUUUUAAAUCCUGGGGCCAUUGCCUCUGAUGCUGGGGAUUAUAAUGCCCGUUCUCGAGCACUGCGCAAACGUAUUCUUGAAAUUGAUAAUCCGGCUAAAUGGAUUAUUGCCCCCUAUAACAAUUAUAAUAUGUAUCAUUGGAUGGUUGUACUUAUCCAACCAAGUACACAUACAGUAGCGUACUUGGAUUCCAACAAUGGAUAUGUACCAGAAGAUUUAAAAUACAUUGUUAACACGUCGCUCAACAUAGUUAAUAAAAGCUUAACUAACCGCAAUGAUCGUCCCAUUGAGUGGAUAACUUCGAUAUGUCCACAACAACCAGACGGGAAGCAAUGUGGAUAUUAUGUCAUGAAAUUUAUUGAGAGUUUCAUGAACGAAGAAGAUCCAAUACGCCGAGUGAGAGAAAUGGGUAAGAGCGAUCCGUACUCAAAUGACGAGAUGAAUAUUUUGCGUGAUCAGUGGAUUGAAUAUGUUCGAGCACAAGCAGUGCGACAAGGGCUUUUACAAUGAUCAGUUUCUAUUUUUGUUUAUACUUUAUCCUAACUAAUUAGUGAUAAUAUACAGUAAAAAUUAAUUAAUGUAGGGAAAAUUUUACUAUGUAAAACAGGAUCUGUUUAACUUUCACUAAUGACAAUAUAUAUACUUUAUCCUAA